CCGCCGCCGCCGCCGCCUCCCCCCGGGCCGCCGCCGCACCACGACCCUCACUCGGACGAGGACACGCCGACCUCGGACGACCUGGAGCAGUUCGCCAAGCAGUUCAAGCAGAGGCGCAUCAAACUGGGAUUUACCCAAGCGGACGUGGGGCUGGCGCUGGGCACCCUGUACGGCAACGUCUUCUCGCAGACCACCAUCUGCCGCUUCGAGGCCCUGCAGCUCAGCUUCAAGAACAUGUGCAAGCUGAAGCCUUUGUUGAACAAGUGGUUGGAGGAGGCGGACUCCUCCUCGGGCAGCCCCACCAGCAUAGACAAGAUCGCGGCGCAGGGCCGCAAGCGGAAAAAACGCACCUCCAUCGAGGUGAGCGUCAAGGGCGCCUUGGAGAGCCACUUCCUCAAGUGCCCCAAGCCCUCCGCCCAGGAGAUCACCUCGCUCGCGGACAGCCUACAGCUGGAGAAGGAGGUGGUGAGAGUGUGGUUUUGUAACAGGAGACAGAAAGAGAAGCGCAUGACUCCCCCGGGAGGGACGCUGCCGGGCGCCGAGGACGUGUACGGGGCCAGCAGGGACACGCCGCCGCACCACGGGGUGCAGACCCCCGUGCAGUGAACUCGCGGCGGGGGCGCCCGGCCCCUCCUCCUCCUCCUCCUCCU